AUGCCCAAUCCACCGCACCAAGCAAACAACCCCGCUGUCACCGAGCUCCCGGUGACAUCAUCUGCAAAAGAAGUCGCAGAGAUCAUCCGGCGCGAUGGCGGCGUCAUCAUCAAGAACUUCAUCUCGACUGACACCGUCGCGCAAAUCGACAGGGAGAUUGCGCCGCACUGGCAGCGCAAGGGCGUCUACAAGGGGAAUUUAUUCAACGCAGAGGAUCCUCCACUGAGUGGACUCUGUGGCAAAUCCCCAACAGUAGCAGAGAAAGCCCUGAAUCACCCCCUCUAUCAAGCCGUCUCGAAGGAGCUUCUUCGCGAUGUGACCUACCCCUGGUGGGGCGACUCUCGCAGCAUCUGCAUCUCCGACCCCAUUCUCGCUGUGUCGCAGGCAUUCACGCGCGGGCCCAAGACACCCGGUCAGCCAUUGCACCGCGACGACAUGCCGCAGCAUUUUGAGCACGAGGAAGGAAGCGGCGAUAGUUCGCUCUUGGGACUGCUGGUAGCUGGGACGAAAUGCACCUUCGAAAACGGCGCCACGCAGCUCAUCGUCGGAUCUCACAAAUGGGGCGACGAUCGCGGCCCCGCCGAUCCAGCGCUGUGCUCGACGGCGGAGAUGGAGACAGGCGAUGCCCUGCUUAUCAUUGGGAGUAUCUGGCACGGAGCUGGGGAGAACAUCUCGCUCGAGCGGCGCAAUAUCUACUCCGUGCAUAUGGUUCGCGGGACGCUGCGGCAAGAUGAGAAUCAGUAUCUGGCUAUUCCCAAGGACGUGGCUAAGACAUAUAGCGCUGAGGUGCAGGCUAUCAUUGGGUAUUCAGUCAGUCAGCCGUACUGUGGGUAUGUGGAGAUGGAUGAUCCGGCCAAGCUGCUGAAGGAGAAUGCGGGCUUUGAGCAUCAUGAUUUGCAGGGGAUUAUUUUUGAGGGGCCUGGGUCGGAGAACUUCAAGGGGGAGAAGCCUCGUCUGGUUACUGUGGGUUGA